GUACCCAGGUCUGCCUCCGCUAUUGGUCUUCGAACACUUGCGCUGGAUUACCGAUGUCAGGCCACGGACAUUGCGUGCAGCGGUUGGUUUCUAGUGACCUGGCCAACACUGCACGUGAAGGAGGUCUGCAUCAGUAUUGCCUCGUGCCUCCCCUCCUCGACCGCCGGAUGGGCUCUUGCAUCACAAUCGAUCCUCAAAAGCCGACCUCGACUACGAAUCGACCGCCUCUUGCAAGCAUCUGACGGCACUGGCAAGCCAUCUAGCAACUCUCCUUCAUUCAGACCUGUCGACAUCAGCCUGGCGAAUCUCGACGGCAAGUCAAUUUGUACCCUGUCUUGUAAUGGACACCAGCAACAGAUGCGGUUGAAGCGACGAUGA